AUGAGGCAGUUCGAUUUGAAAGAGACUCAAGCUAGAUUGAACGGCGAUGCGCAUAAAACUCUAUUGACGUUUGGCAAUCUUCAGGAGAUGGUUGUGAAGGAACUGUUCAGCUUUGACGACCGUGCCGAUUCGCCAUUCGCAAUGCUCCUCUACUCGUGCAUCGCCUUGAUUGCUCUGUCGUCGACGCUCGUCGACGCGCAAUUCAGUCGUGCCGGACAAUCGCAGAUUCUACAUGCCCGACGGGUCAUUCGCACGCCGCCGGAGAACCUCUACUGGUCGUGGACGUCGGCGAGUCUUGGUGAUCUCAACAAAUACGGAGCCAUGGCAACGAAAUCAUGGGAAGACGAGUUCCAAAAAUUCGGCUGGAGGAGCAACAAAUUGGACGCGGCUCUGUUCAACACCGGCAUCGGACACGCUAGCCAAAUGGCGUGGGCCGGCACGGGACUCAUCGGAUGCGGUGUGAAGGCGUGCGGAAAAGAACGCGGAAUGAACAAGGUCACAGUGGUGUGCCAAUACAAGAAACCUGGCAACUAUUUGGGUCAGAAUAUCUACGAAAGCGGAGCGACCUGCUCGAAGUGUCCAUCGGGAAGCAGAUGCGAAUCCUCAACAGGACUUUGCGCUUAG